AUGUCUCCAGAUAUUGCCAAGUCACUGUCAGUUAAGAACCACUGGGUUACUCACCCUGCCAUCCAGCCUGCAGUCCGUGUGCAGGGGCAGGAGCCGCUCACCGCCUCCCUGCCAGCUGCAGCACCCCGCCAGGAACAGAAGCAGAUGCCGGGUGAAUGUUUGUUCCUGCUCAUCCAGAGGACGCACUCAAACCUGGCUGGUAAGAUUAUGGGGAUGCUGGAGACUGAGAACUCGGAGCUGCUGCACAUGCUGGAGUCCACCAGAUCUCUCUGCUCCAAGGUGGAUGAAGCUAUGGAGAUCCUACAGGCUCAUCAUGCCAAGAAAGAAGCUGCCCAGAAGGUGGGCGCUGUUGCUGCUGCUACCUAUUAG